CCCAAAUCCGGCGGGCAGUGGAGGCUACCCCGGCCCCAGCUGAGGAGCCGGUCAGCCCUCCGCAGCCGCUGCUAGCCCUUGGCUCCAACCCACACUCCCCGCUCGGUCCCUCGAGUCCGCGUUCCUCACGCGGCCGUCGCGAGGCGGCUCCCUGCGUUCCCGCGCGGGUCCCGGGCGAUGGCUGCGCGGGGGUCGGAGUGCACGGUCCUCUGCCUCGGGCCCCGCCCGCUCCACUUCCUCCUCGUUUUUCAGCUGGUCGCCGGGCGCUGGGGUCCGGAGGGCGCGGGAGGCGGCGUGCCCGGAGGAUUAGCUGAACCAUCCUUUGUUGCCAAACAUGAAGAUAGUUUGUUUAAGGAUUUAUUUCAAGACUACGAGAGAUGGGUUCGUCCAGUGGAACACCUGAAUGACAAAAUAAAAAUAAAGUUUGGCCUUGCAAUAUCUCAAUUAGUGGAUGUGGAUGAGAAAAAUCAGUUAAUGACAACCAAUGUCUGGUUGAAGCAGGAAUGGAUAGAUGUAAAAUUGAGAUGGAACCCUGAUGACUACAGUGGAAUAAAAGUUAUACGAGUCCCUUCAGACUCUCUCUGGACUCCAGACAUUGUUUUGUUUGAUAAUGCAGAUGGACGUUUUGAAGGGGCCAGUACGAAAACUGUCGUCAGGUACGACGGCACUGUUACCUGGACUCCACCGGCAAACUACAAAAGUUCCUGUACCAUUGAUGUCACAUUUUUCCCAUUUGAUCUCCAAAACUGUUCCAUGAAAUUUGGUUCUUGGACUUACGAUGGAUCACAGGUUGAUAUAAUUUUGGAGGACCAAGAUGUUGACAAGAGAGAUUUUUUUGAUAAUGGAGAAUGGGAAAUUGUGAGCGCAACAGGAAGCAAAGGAAACAGAACCGACAGCUGUUGCUGGUAUCCUUACAUCACUUACUCAUUUGUAAUUAAGCGUCUGCCUCUCUUUUAUACCUUGUUCCUUAUUAUACCCUGUAUUGGGCUCUCGUUUUUAACCAUACUUGUCUUCUAUCUUCCUUCAAAUGAAGGUGAAAAGAUUUGUCUCUGCACUUCAGUACUUGUGUCUCUGACUGUCUUCCUUCUUGUUAUUGAAGAGAUCAUACCCUCAUCUUCCAAAGUCAUACCUCUGAUUGGAGAGUACCUGGUGUUUACCAUGAUUUUUGUGACACUAUCCAUCAUGGUCACUGUCUUUGCUAUCAACAUCCAUCACCGUUCUUCCUCAACACAUAACGCUAUGGCUCCGUGGGUCCGCAAGAUAUUUCUUCAGAAGCUUCCGACACUGCUUUGCAUGCGAAGUCAUGUAGAUAGGUGCUUCAGUCAGAAGGAGGAAACUGAGAGCAGCCGUGGACCAAAAUCUUCUAGAAACACACUGGAAGCUGCACUUGAUUCCAUUCGCUACAUCACAAGACACGUCAUGAAGGAGAAUGAUGUCCGUGAGGUUGUUGAAGAUUGGAAAUUCAUAGCCCAGGUUCUUGAUCGGAUGUUUCUGUGGACUUUUCUUCUGGUUUCAAUUGUUGGAUCUCUUGGGCUUUUUGUUCCAGUUAUCUAUAAAUGGGCAAAUAUAAUAGUACCAAUUCAUAUUGGAAACACAAAUAAGUGACACUUCCCUAGGGGCUGUAGUAGGAAUUUAGUUAAAAGGCACAUAUCUCUUAUGGCACCUAUAAAAUUAUGAAAAUGUAAAUUGUGUUUAAAAUUUGAUGCAAGCUUCAACAGAUUAACAGACACUAACAUCAGUUUAUCAUAAUAGAUUGCCCAUUAGAACAUCCACCUGCAUGACUGAAGUAAUAACUGGCUGAAUAACAUUUGAUCUUUUAAAAAUAGCAGCACAAAAUAUUAUCUAAACUGUACUAGUAAAAAUCUAAUGUUUAUAUCCUGUCAAAUAAUUCUGCUUUAUAAUCAACAGUUAAGUUCAUCUUUUGACUGUGCUGGAAAAUUCCUGUUGUAUUUGAAGACUGAUUUCAUUUGGUAAAGGUACACAUUUAAAAAUUCUCUCCUGUAUUCAUUGGGUAAGAGUUAAUCUUAAGUAUAAUAUAUUGCUGUAUUAAAUAA